CAGUUCCUUAUGUGGUGGAUCCUCCGGACAGAAGCGGAGCGACGCCGCGGACCAUGGCAGACACGGAGGACCCGGGUCCAGGCGCGGAAACUGAGCCGGACACCCCGCGCACAGCCCGGCCACACAACGUCUCGUUCAGCGAGAGCGUUCAGCCAGCGGUCGGGAUGGUUAGCCAACUACUGAACCAGCAGUCGUCCCUGAAGUUCGACAAAAACAUCAAACAGGCCUUCUACAACACGGGAGCGAUGAUCUUCGUGGCGAUCUGUUGUGGAGCAGCGGUGCUGGUUUACUUCAUCCUGGAAGCCUUCCUUCGGCCGCUGCUGUGGGCAGUGCUGUGCGGCACCUUCCUGCACCCCUUCAAGUACUCGCUCGCCCGCCUCGGCCGCUCCUGGCUCAGCGGGCUGCAGGACAGCGGCACGCCGAUAGUGGUUGGGACACUCCUGGUGCCGGUGUGGUGCGUAAACCAAGGGGUGGAGAGUCUGGGCGGACUGGUCGUGGAUCGGCUCAAUGUACUGCUGGCAGUCGGGGCCGGUGUACCCCUGCUUUACUUCUUAUAUCUAUUCUGGAGCGUCAUUGGCAUGCAGGUGAUUCUCAGCCACUUCUGUAGCAUCAUCUGUUUCGGCUUGGAUUGUUUCAGCGCGAUGUGGGUUGGCACAUUAGUAUUGGGCUACGUGUUGGCUGUGGCAUUCAAGUGGACACCUAGCAUGGAAGGUUACCUGCGUACAAUGUCUGUGCCCGUAUGGACAGCACUCAUUUUCUACUUGGUCUCUCUGACAGGGUCUUGGCGUGUGCCUGUGUUUGUGGUGGUGGUCUUACUGCUGAUAGUUGGCUCUCAGGAGAAGACUGCUGUUUCGGGGAAAGGCUCAGGUGAGCUGUCUGGUCAGGUGUUGUCGUUUGCUGCUAACACAAUCUUCAUGGCAAUCUCCUGCAGAAACGUCAGCCACGGAGAGAAGAUACAGGAAGAGAUGAGCACCAAAGAAAAAUCCAAAGACUCAAUAGACACCCCAAAGGGUCUCUUCAACAUUCCCUCAUCCCGGCGACGCAGCAGACUAGAGUUCAGGGGUUUCCAGCCGAAACAAAAGACCAGCGAUAUCUACUUUGUGCUGCUGGCCUGGGCAAUAGUGCUGGUGCAGAUCUGGCUCAACCUCUGGCUCUUACAGUUACUGCCCAUCCCUGUUGCUGUUUGGGUCUUGAAAAAAGCCGUUGUCCGUUUUGGGAUGAAGGACUUCAUCGGGCGAACACUAGCCAAGUGGUGGACGGUUUCCGAGAAGUUCAUCAAAGACAGAGAGGAUGCUCUUCUGCCUGGACCAAUCAAAGGCCUGACACAUUUCUUGCUUCGCGUGGACACUAAGCUCUGGCAUUGGCUUAACAAGCAGAUGAUAGUGUGGCUGGAGCGCUCCUUGGAUAAGCUGAUCAGUAUUUUUAUUAUCUUCCUGCUGGUAACUGGCACACUGCUCAUGGCCUUGCUGCUCACAGCUAUGGUGCACCAAGAGAGCGUUCAUAUCAUUGAGGUCACCAGUAACCUGAUCAACGAGACCGUGUCCAACCACCCAGAGUGGGCCAACUGGCUUCCAGAGGCUCAAGUUGUGCAGAAGGCUUUAAACUCUGCUGCCACCAAUGUUUACCAACAUGGGAGAGAAUGGAUCACACAUAAGCUUCAUAAGAUAUUGGGUGAUAAAGUAAACAACACCGCUGUGAUUGAGAAACAAGUUCUGGAGCUGUGGGACCGUCUUUAUCAGUCUUGGAUUGUGAAGAACGUGACUCACACUGGACGGCUCCGUGGACACAAGCUACAUAUGCACAGGCAGAACAGCUGGCUGGGGGACAUACUGGACUGGCAGGACAUCGCCUCUUUCCUGCAGGAGAAUAUUGAGACACUGCUUUCUAUAUUGGAGUCUCUGUGGGUGGUGAUGAGUCGAAAUGUUGGUUUACUGAUAUCCACAACAACAACGCUGCUUACCGUACUAUUCCACAGCGGCACCGCACUGCUCAACUUUGCCCUGUCUUUGGUGAUUUUCCUGACCACACUUUUUUACCUGCUGAGCUCCAGUGGUGAAUACUAUAAACCUGUGAAAUGGGUUAUCAGCCUCACACCCCUCUCCCAACCUGGACCCUCUUCAAACAUAAUCGGCCAGUCUGUGGAAGAGGCCAUCAGGGGUGUGUUUGAUGCCUCUCUGAAGAUGGCUGGAUUCUAUGGCCUGUACACUUGGCUCACACACACAAUAUUUGGCAUCAACAUAGUCUUCAUACCUUCUGCAAUGGCAGCAAUCUUAGGUGCCGUGCCGUUUUUGGGCACAUACUGGGCAGCUCUUCCAGCGGUGUUGGAUUUGUGGUUGGCACAGGCUGAGGGUGUGAAGGCUCUACUGCUUCUCUUCUGCCAUCUGCUGCCAACGUACUUCGUUGACACUGCCAUAUACUCUGACAUAUCAGGAGGUGGACAUCCAUAUUUGACCGGCCUCGCAGUAGCAGGUGGAGCAUACUAUUUGGGUCUGGAAGGUGCCAUCAUUGGACCCAUCCUGCUCUGCAUACUGGUGGUCGCGUCCAACAUCUACAGUGCCAUGCUAAUGAGCCCUAGCAGCAGCCAGCCAACGCCAGUGCAGAGCCACUUUCCUGGACAUCACACCAGGUCAUUUGCAGAAACCCCAAUGCAGCUGAAGAGGAGCAAUGAAUGAGUCCUUUAAGCAGCCUGUCAUGCUUACUAACAGCUCCCCCUUCUCUGGGUCAUCCCAUACAGCACUUCAAGACUUUAAAAAGAGGGCAAAUUUUCCAUAUCUUUACCCAAGGGUUCACAAGCUACAUUCUCCGCAAAUGUAGCUCUCAUAGCACAUAGCGUAAUGAUGGCCCUCGAUGUCGACUUCUGUGCUAACAGUUCAUUUAGCACUUAGCACUUUGAUGCUAAAUUUGUGUAAUGCCGGGACACCAGGCUCCAAAAAGGCAGUACAGCUUGCACACUCCAGUGCAAAGUUUAGUUAGCAGGCCUGUGCUUUGUCUAGCACUGUACUGGCGAAUGAUGCUAUCAGUUAGCAUACUCACAACACUAUAUGUUUACAUUAUGCUUUACUGUAACAGUUCACCAAUGUCCCAUUUAGGCGGUAGAUCACUGAUGUUUUUUUAUAUACACUGAUAUCUUAUCCCAUAUUGUGGAUGUGUUUGGAACUGUUGUUUAUGAACAGACUUUACUUACGGAUCCUACUAUUUAAACAGUGUUAUAUCUUUCUGAACUUCAACAUAUAUAGUUGUUCUCGGAGAUCUACUGCCCGUAGAAUUACAUGAAUUUUCUCUAUCAGGUUUGUUGUGUUUGAUUAUACAUGGAAUUAAACUCCAGAGAAUAAUUUAGCAGCACUAACCUAUACAGAUAUCCUUAUUCAGGAGUAUUUGUUAAUGAACAAAUUCUGUAUACUGUAAAGUAGCUUAACUGAAACAAUGUGAAACUUCUAGAGUGUUUGCAUCACACAGUUGUAUAUUUAUAUCGCUGUUUGUUGUCCCAUCAGCUUAAUACAUUACCUCAGGCGUCCUAAUGCAUUUUUAAGUUUGUGUUGUUCUUGGGCUGAGUCUAAGUGAGGUACAUUGCGAGAUUGAUGUACUAUGAUGCAUUUCUUCAUCUGUUUCGGAUUGAUUUUAUUUCACUUCUAUCGCACAGCUUUGUUAAAAUCCCUGUCUUUAUAUUAAUAUAUGGUAAUUCCUCUUUGUACAAACAGCACUAUUUGCUUAAUGUAUUGUUUUGUGUUCUGACGUUUAAGCAGUGUGCAGAGAUACAGCUUUGGUUGCAUUAAAGACAAAUGCUGCUGGCAGAAAUGAUAAUGCUUGUUUACAGGAGAGUAGAGAUGGCUCGAAGUCAAGCUUGAAUAAAUUGCACUGAAUAGAAGAAAUACUUACUGUUUCCCAAUAUUUGGUUUUCCACUUUAUUUUGGCUGGGUUAUGCAAAAAGUGUGUUCUGGAAAAGACGUCGCUGGAGAGUGAACGUGGAUGUAUUGUUUUUUUCAGUUUAUACCAAAUAAUAGAAAUAUAAUUUGGUUAAUUGUUGUGAUUGCUGUUUUAUGACACGUCACGUUACAAGCAUGGCUUUAUUAUAUUUUUAAUGUGAAUAGAGUGGAGAUGGAGUCACUAAUAACAUAUUUUAAUAAAACUGACUACAUUUUAA